UUUAUCCCAAUCAAUGGCUUACAUGAUUAGAAGCUUCCUUCUACUUUCUACCCUGUUUCUAAUUCUUGCAAUCACUCCCAACAUAGAAGCCAAAGAUGUAGUGGUUGAAGCUAUGGUAUAUUGCCAAAGCUGUGAUCACAUUGGAACCUGGUCACUAAGUGAAGCCAAGCCAGUAGCUUCGGCAAAAGUAAGCGUCACAUGCAAGAACUACAAGGCUCAAGUUUUCUAUUACAAGGUCUUUGACACAGACAAGAAUGGUUACAUGUAUGCACAACUUGAAGGGUUCAAGAUGAAAAACUAUAUACUAGAUCAUCCACUUCACUCUUGUUAUGUUAAGCUUGUGUGGUCUCCUCUUGAGACCUGUGGCCUACUCUCCAAUGUGAACUAUGGCCUCACUGGCGCCCCGCUUCGCUACGAGAACAAGCUCUUGCGCGGCGGCGCCGGAAGUAACUAUGAGGCUGUUGUCUAUGCUGCUGGUCCUUUGGCCUUUCGUCCCUCUCAUUGCUCGCAGGGAAAUGUUACAAGCCAACACUAAAAAAAACGAAUCAAACUAAUGCAGUUGUCUUUCACGUGAAAUUGAUAGUAAAAAAUUAUUAGAUGAUAAUUCAGUUAGACACAUUAAAUUAUCUAAUGAUUUUUAAUUAUCAAUUUUACAUGAAAAUAACUGUACGUGAAUCUUCAUUUUAAAUUAGUGUUUGGUGAAAUAUAAGGCAAAAAUAAGAAAAAAUUGUUGCUACCUAAAAUUUCUCUUGCUUGAAUGCUACUAGUCGUCCCGGUUGAUGCUUCUCAAGCAUUUAGAUUCAGUUGAUCUUGAGCUUUCUCUUCAUUUCUUGCUUUAAUAAGCUUGUGUUGAUUUUUCUAUGUCCAUUUAAUAACCGUUUCCUGAA